AUGCACGCAUGGCAGGACGUGCUGCUGCACCACGCCUCCUCCAACUGCGACGUGCCGUGGCGCACACAGCUGCUCCAGUCGCUGCUGCCGCGGCUGCCCCACCACAGCUUUGGCGCCUGCAGCAACAACAUGGGCGGCACCAACCGCGAAGCAGCGCUCUACCCUGCCUGCUCGCAUCUGUACGUGGGCGAGCAGCGGCAGGAGGUGGCGCACUGUGUGAAGUCGCACUACAAGUUUGACCUCGCUGUCGAGAAUACCGUCACCCCCAAUUAUGUCACUGAGAAGUUCUACAGCGCACUUGAAGCAGGCACGGUGCCGGUGUACUUUGGAGCGCCAGACAUUGCCAGCUUUGCGCCGCCCGAGUCGUUCAUUGAUGGGCGGCAGUUUGCCUCCCACGAGGCCCUGGUGGACCACAUCAAUCGCCUCCACAAUGACCCGGUCUCGUACAUGCAUUACCAUGCUUGGCGCUUGUGUGGCGUGUGGGGGAACUAUUCGCAUGCACGUUCACUUGGUUUCUCAACACUCCCUUGUAGAUUAUCCCGUUUCGGCACGACCUCCAGUGCUCGCACCGCCUUCAAAUGCUAUUUGCCCAACCCUCCUCACAAUUCCUUCACCCCACCCUCUCCGCACAUCCCUGUCCGUGCGUCGGCGCGCGCAGGUAACCGGACGGUGGCGGCGAGCGAGGCGGACGGCAAGGCGGCGACGGAACACGCCAAGAAGCUCGUCGACGUGCUGCUCGAGCCGCUCUUCGCGCUCGUCCGCGCCGCCAAUGCGCCGUGUUCGGCGGUGCUGGAGCUCAACGACUCGCGCCACGAUGGCCUGGUCGCCGCCGCCAGGCGCGCAGCCGCGGAUCGCGUUUACAUGGGCGCGAAGAAGAAGCUGCUGGGGUGGUCGUCGUCGGCGACCGUCGCGCAGUGCCAGGCGAGUCUGCCGCCCACGUGCCGCCUCUUCAUCGCGCAGGGCGGCUCGCGACUGCAGCGCCUUCAAGCCGCGGGAAAGGCCCACUCCGCGCACCCCAUCCCCCCACCGUUUUACACCCCCACCGCCGCGGCAGUGCAACAGCCGUCGCGCGGCAUCCCCCCCUCGAUCUCCUCCACGUCGCUCCCCCUGCAAGCCGCCGACGCCGCCCUCGCCUCCCCCUCCUCCAACUCCUCCGGCUCCGCGCGCUUUCCCCCCUCCGCGCAAGGCCAAAUGGAAUCCGCGCAGCAGCAGGUGGGGGCAGCCAGAGAGGCGCCGGGGAACGCGGAAGAGAGCAGGCGAGGGGACGGGAGGGGGGCGCACACGCGCGGGCACAGGUCAGCGUCGUGCGGGGGCGGGGAGGACGCGGACUCGGGGCUGCUGGCGCAGCAGCUGCAGGAGCUGAGCGCGCAGGCGCAGGGGGGAGAAGGGGCGAGCCGGGCGGAGCUAGAGCGGCAGCUGCAGCAGGUGGUGGCGCUGCAGCAGCGCAUUCAGCAGCAGCUGCGCGGCAGCCCGCUCCCCGCGCCUCACGCCGGUAGUAGCGACUCCGCGCACAGCGCGUCCCCCAAUAGCCAGGGUUCCGCGUAUGGCACACCGGGCAUGGGCGCGGGCAUGGGCAUGCGCGCGGGGCUGAGUCUGUCGCAGGACUGCGACUACCCCGUGUCGCCAGGGUCGCUGUCGCUGGGCCACGCCACGUCGCCGCUAGGCCCCGGGUUCAAGCCCCCCCGCUCCCCUUCUGGGGGAGCGCGCGCAACCUUUGCGGGCAGCGGGGGCAUGGCGGGCACUGCGCCAUUCGCCGUGUCCCCCAAGCAGGCGUCCGCCGCAUCGCAGCAGCGCCACUUCCCGCGCAUACUCUCCGCGCCCACCCCCUCCGCCGCCGCCGCUGCCGUGGCGGGUGCUGCAGCGGGGCACGGAGACGCGGGGACGUCCCCCAGCAGUGCGAGCAGCUCCCCCGCUACCUCCAUGGAGCGCCGCCUGCUGCCCCCCCGCCGCCCCUCCUUUGACGCGCGCGCCCUCGCCGCCCCCGCUGCGGCCGCGGCUGCGUCAGUGGCAGGCGCAGCUGGGGGGGCCGCAGGUGGCGGGGGCGCGUUGCAGCGCUCGCCCGGAGGGUCGGCGCGGAGGGGCGGGGGGUCGAUGUCGCGCGUGCGGAGCUACGAGACGCUGGUGGCGCUGAGAGAGGAGGAGGGCGAGGACGGGCACGGGGGGGCCGCGGAAGCGGAGGAGGGGGAGGGGGACGGGGAUGGGGAGGGCGAGGAGGUGGGGCGAGGGCGGUCGCUGGCGGACGAGCUGGCGGCGCUGGCGGCGGAAGACGAGGGGGGGGAGGGGGGCGAGGGGGCUGAGCGCAAGGGGUCGAGUGAGAGCUGGCGGGGGCGCGCUGUGAGCAGCAACCGCGGGGCGGGCAGCAGCGCGGGCAGCGACGCCGAGGCUGCCGCCUGGGCAGCUGGGCGCAACGGGACGACCAGCGCGCGCACGCCCGAGUGCACGGCAGCGCUGCCAUCGUCAUUGGCGCUGGUGCAGGCCGGUGGUCUGCCUCAGAGUGGCGGCUUCCAGUCGGGCAGUCUGCCGCAGUCAGGCAGCAUACCGGGGUCGGGGGGGCUCAUGGCGGGCAGCAGCGUCGCCAGCACCGACACCUUCCUGCCGCUCGACAGCUUCGAGUCCUCGGAAGCUUCCCAGAACCAGCAAUCCUCGCGCCCCUCGCGCUUCCAGCACCUGACGGCGAUGGCGGCGCGCCACGGGCAGUCGCAGGGGCCGCUGCUGGCCGCCGCGUCGCACGGGCCGCUGCACGCGCACUCCCACGGCGCCUCCUUCGGCCGCGCCGCCUACAGCAGCGGGCAGCUGGGCGCGGGCGGCGGGGGAGGAGCGGGUGGCGACGGGUUUGACUGCCGGCAGUUCACGGCGGCGCAGCUGGCCAGGGCCACCAGCAACUACGCGCCGGAGAACCUUCUAGGAAGGGGGUCGUUCGGGCAGGUGUUCAAAGGCGAGAUGCUGGGGUGCAAGGUGGCGGUGAAGCGGCUGGAGGGGCAGGGGUGGCAGGGGCCGGACGAGUUCAGGGUGGAGGUGGAGGUGCUGUCGCGCAUGCGCCACCCCAACAUCGUGCUGCUCAUGGGCUGCUGCACCGAGGAGAUGGCGCUCGUCUACGAGUUCCUCCCGGGCGGCACGCUACAGGACAAGCUGGGCCCGCCCAAGGGGUCGGCGGCGGUGCCGCUGAGCUGGGCGGAGCGGCUGCGCAUCGCGGCUGAGGUGGCGUCGGCGCUGCUGUACCUGCACCAGAACGACCCGCCCAUCGUGCACCGCGACUUAAAGCCCGACAACAUUCUCCUCGACGCGCACCUGGCGAGCAAGAUUGGCGACGUGGGGCUGGCACGGCUGCUGGAGGCGGACGGCGCGACGACCAUGAAGGUGCGCGGCACGGCGGGGUACAUCGACCCCGAGGAGGUGGAGACGUGUGAGAUCAGCGUGCUGAGCGACGUGUACGCGCUGGGGCUCAUCCUGCUGCAGCUGCUCACGGGGCAGAGGAGCGUCAAGGCCGUGCACCGCAUGCUGGCUGAGGCUGCCUCCAAGGGCCGUGCGCGGCCGGGGGACGUGGGGCCGGGGGGAGCGAGCAAGGCGGCGGUGGCGGUGGUGAUGCGGUACCUGGACACGGCGGGGGGUGAGUGGCGCGCGGAUCUGGUGGAGCCGGUGGUGGGCGUGGCGCUGCGCUGCGCUGAGCGGCGGCGGGCCAAGCGGCCGGAGCUGGUGGGGGAGAUCCACCCGCUGCUCGUGAGGGUGGCGGCCGAGGCGGAGAAGGAGGUGAAGCAGCGCAAGCAGCAGAUGGAUGAGCAGUUCCUCUGCCCCAUCUCCAAGGAGGUGAUGCGGGACCCAGUGGUGGCAGCGGACGGGUUCACAUACGAGAGGGAGCACAUGGAGCGGUGGAUGGCCACGUGCACGCUGUCGCCCGCCACGGGGCAGCCCCUCGCGCACUCCAGCCUCACCCCCAACAACGUCCUCAGGAACCUCAUCGCCUCCCACCGCCAGCGCUGA